CAGCAGGCGCAUCUUAGCCUUUUUCUUUCCCUUCCCUUCCCUUCUUCUUCAGGAGAGUUUUGCUUGUUCCCCGAUUAAACUUCCGACAAUCGUCACUGCAAGUCACCCUAAUUCUCUCUCUCAGGUUUGCCUAAGACAGUGAGCAGUUGCUGAGUUAGCUCAAAGAUUUGUAACUAUGUUCUUUGACGGGUAUGGGUAUCAUGGAACAUCAUUCGAGCAAACGUAUCGAUGCUACCCUGCAUCUUUUAUCGAUAAGCCACAGAUAGAAAAUGGUGAUAAAAUUAUAAUGCCUCCUUCAGCUCUUGACCGUCUCGCAUCUCUUCAUAUUGAUUAUCCAAUGUUGUUUGAGCUUCGAAAUGCUGCAACAGAGCGGGUAUCUCAUUGUGGGGUUCUAGAGUUCAUUGCAGAAGAGGGCAUGAUAUAUAUGCCAUAUUGGAUGAUGGAGAAUUUGUUGUUACAAGAAGGAGAUAUUGUACGUGUGAAAAAUGUGACUCUUCCUAAGGGUACAUAUGUUAAGUUGCAACCACACACUAAGGACUUCUUGGAAAUUUCCAACCCCAAAGCCAUCUUGGAGACAACACUAAGAAACUUUUCCUGCUUAACAACGGGUGACAGUAUUAUGGUGGCCUACAACAACAAGAAGUACUACAUUGAUAUUAUAGAGACAAAACCCUCUAAUGCCAUAAGCAUUAUUGAAACGGACUGUGAAGUGGACUUUGCUCCUCCACUGGAUUACAAGGAACCUGAAAAACCCACCCCUUCUCCUGCAUCAAGCAACGCAUUAGGAGGUCCAGAGGCUUCAGAAAAUGCACAACCAAAAUUUAACCCAUUUAGUGGUGUUGGAAGACGCUUAGAUGGGAAACCCAUGAAAUACCAACCUUCACCAGCUUCUUCGUCCGGUUCCAAUGAUAAGCGACCUGAGGUCUCUGGUGGCGCACAGCCUUCUUCAGGUUCAAGUUCACAGGGUGCUAGUCGACAGUCUCAGGGAAAGCUCGUCUUUGGCUCAAACCAAAACCGUACACGCGAAACACAAAAGGAACCUUCGAAAGAGACUAAACCAGAAGAACCUGAAAAGAAAGAAGAGCCAAAGUUCCAGGCUUUCACAGGGAAGAAAUAUUCACUGAAGGGAUAAUGUCAUACUGCUCAAGGUCUUUAACUUGUGUGGUUCUUGAUUGAGGGCCUUCAAUUUAUUGUUAAAUCAACUCUCAAUCUGGGUUAGAACUCAAACUCAACAUAUUCAACCGAAUUAUUGUAGUAUCAUUGACUUCCAGGUUAAUAUUUUUAAGUAUAAUGGGAAGUAGAACUUAAUUUGUUAAAGAAAUAUCUGUAAAGCUUCGAUGUUUUAAUCUGCAAGACUAAGUCUCUCUCUGCAUUCAA